AUCAAAUCAAAAGCAAUUCAAAAUUGACAUAUGUCACAAAAGUUCCAAAAGUUCUUAAAAUAUAGAUGAAUAAUUCGGUUGAAUUCCUUAUCGCGUAUAUAUACGUAAAUACUUAUAUCUUCGUAGCUGAAAUAGUGCUACUAGCGAGCUUGGUCCUUGGCGCAAGACUAGGAUCCAGCACCCUGCUAACGAAUGAUUGCGGGACAACGAGGCACCCAUCGAGAAUUCGGCGGGUUGUUGGAGGUAACGAUGCGGACAGGUUCGCCAACCCCUGGAUGGUCAUGGUGCUCGGAGAAAACAAUGUCUUCUGCAGCGGUUCGCUAAUCACUCGUCUUUUUGUCUUGACGUCAGCGAGCUGCCUUUUAUCGCUUCCCAAACAAGUGAUCUUGGGCGAAUACGACAGGAACUGCACUUCUGCGGAUUGCACGUCCAUCCGCCAAGUGAUUGAUAUCGAUCAGAAGAUUAUCCAUGGCCAAUUCGGCUUGGAAACCGUCAAAAAAUAUGAUAUUGCGCUACUUCGAUUGGCAAAGAAGGUGUCGAUCUCAGACUACGUCAGACCAAUUUGCCUGUCCGUCGAUCGCCAAGUGGGACGUAGCGUUCAACAUUUCACUGCCACCGGCUGGGGCACUACCGAAUGGAAUGAACCCAGCACCAUUUUACAGACAGUCACACUAAGUAAAAUCAAUAGAAAGUAUUGUAAAGGCAGGCUAAGGCAGAAUAUCGAUGCAUCCCAGCUAUGCGUUGGCGGUCCAAGAAAGGACACUUGUAGUGGAGAUGCUGGAGGCCCGCUGAGCUUAACGUUGAAGAUCGAUGGUGACGGCAAGUGGAAUAAUAAAUCUCGGGCUUUUCUCAUCGGCAUUGUCAGCUAUGGUAGUUCAUCUUGUAGUGGUAUCGGUGUUUACACAAAUGUUGAGCACUAUAUGGAUUGGAUUGUAAGAACCAUCAACAAAAGCAAUACAGAAAAAAUUGCCAACGUCCAUAGAAGUUAAUUAACUGAUUUGUAUUUCAUUCCAUGAUACAUAGAAAGCCUAUGUAAACGGUUUUUGUACAUAUAUUAAAUGUUAUUAAUAGGGU